CUUGAGGCUACCAAACCCCCCGACGCAGAGCCCAAGGCAAAGGCCUUUAAGCCUUUCAGGCGAGAGCUCAAGCUCGAGGUCGUCAAGGCCGUGAGACAUGAGCUUAAGCGAAAGUGCAAGCGCAGGCCUGAGGCCUAUCGCCGGCUCAGGCGUGAGGUCAAGCUACUCGACACCGAGCCCGAGCCCAAGUCCGAGGGAGCGAAGCUCUCUGAGGCCGAGGCUAAGACCCCCGAGCUCCCCCCCGAGCCAGUCCAACCUGCAUACGUGCCACUACCCUCGAAUCGUGCUGCCGUCGUCCGUGAGUUGUUGAAGGGAGCGAGCAAGGUGGCCGGAAAUAUCAACGGUCUUGGUGGCUGCGGCAAGUCAAGUCUGGCUGAGAUCGCUGCCCAGCCCAACGUUGUCCCCAUGUUCGAGCACCUCAAGCGCGAGGCCAAGCGCAAGCGCAAGCGCGAGGUUGCCGCCAAGUCAGGGCCCAAGUCCAAGGCCGCCAAGCUCCUCGGUACCGACGAGCGCAUGACACACAGAGGCUGGCUCGCUUGCAUCAAGCCCCCGCUAUCCCCCUUCGAGGAGGAGAGGGUGGACCAUGUCAUGCGAGCGUGUACCGCGCGGGGCGUGGCCGAUGUCGGCAACAUAACCCUCACCAGGGCUCACUUUGUCCGCCUCGAGCCUGGCGGGUGGCUCAGUGACAGGAUCGUCAACGCGUAUAUGGAGCUGCUGCAGGCUCACUUCAACAGGUUCACGCGGCACAAGGUCUGGUUCACCAACUCGUUCCUCGCCGCUGCUCUGUACCUCGACAGGCGGACGCUCAACUAUGGCAGGGUGUCCAAGUGGCUCGGCAAUGCCGUCGACGGCGGCAUCAUGUCGUUGGCCAAGAUCAUCGUCCCGGUCAACUUGGACAAUAGCCACUGGUUCACGGUGGCUAUUGAGCUUGGACCCAAAACGAUCACGUUCUACGACUCGAUGGCGGGCGAGGUGGACAGCGGGCUAGCAGAGGCGCUGAAGGAGUAUGUGGCGCUGCAGGUGGAGCAGGAGACGGGCAGGAGGCUGGACAUGUCGCAGUGGCAUGUCGUCAAACCUGUCGGCCUUCCGCAGCAGACCAACCUUGUCGGGAACAGCGGGUGGUGGGUGGCGACGACGACGCCUUGGGGCUAG